GCUGCGAAGGCGGACGUACAUGCAGAUGAAUCAUGAUGCAUGCAGAUGCGCUGAGGCCUACGAGACGUCCCAUUAUUAGUAGGCAAUCACAGUUGAGCUUCUAUUUAGUCACCAACCCCGAGUCCCCGAUCUGCGUCUGUCCCUCGACAGGUCCGAGUUCCAUUCCCAAACCCCCUCAUCUCUUCCAUUUUUAAACGUUCCCAACUCGAAUUGACAUUCGGGCACAAUGUACGACCACAAGGUAGACCCCUUGGGCGACGUCAUUCUCUCGUUGCGAAACCCCAAUAACGCGCCGCUCAUUUUAUACGACCCUUUGGAUGACGCCGCUAAACCGAAGACGGCAAAGGGUGACCGACGUCGGCCUCGCGCAUCGUCCCACCACCCGGUGGACAAACCGGUGACCUUUCUCGUUUCAUCGCGCCACCUCAUUUUGGCCUCGCCUGUCUUCAAGGCAAUGCUGAAGGGAGGAUGGGACGAAGGGAACAAGAAGGAUGGUGUAUUUCGGAUCGACGCUGAAGACUGGGAUGUUAUGGCCCUAACGAUCGUCAUGGACGUUCUGCAUAGCCACUAUCGCCAGGUUCCGAAGUGGUUGACGCUGAAGUCGCUCGUCAAGAUCGCCAUUAUCGUCGAUUAUUACAAACUCCAUGAAGCACUCCAGCCCAUGACGUUGUUGUGGAUGAAAUCCAUCGACCCGGGUUUGCCCAUCGUUUCGUUCCGACCGGACGAUGUUUUGAGGAUCUUCGUCUCCUGGGUCUUUGGAUACGCAACAGCGUUUACCGAGAUCACCAAGGCCGCUAUUCUAUGGAGUGAGAAGGAUGUGGAAUUUCCAGAAGGGAUUCCAAUCCCUCCAGCUGUCGUCGACCGCAUCAAUCAAUGCCGCAAGGAAUCCUUCAAUGCGAUUGCCACCGGGCUCCAUGGCCUCCAACAAGACUACACGGAGGGCCGUGAGGGCUGCAGUUUCGAGUGUAGCGCUAUGCACCUUGGUGCCCUGACCAAGAAUAUGCACGACCUCAACCUCAGCGGUCAUUCCCCGGAAACCCCUUUCGGGGAUGCCAGUCUCGUGGAGGUGGUGGACAGAAUAAAAACCAUGAAGCCCCCAAUUUGGCACACUUUAUCGUCUCCUGGCUGGUAUCAAGACAAACGGACUUGGCGGCAACACCAGUGCACCUCGAGAGGACAAAGUGGAGCACAAGGCAUCGAGUCUAGUAUUGGGAACACCACUAUUACAAAGGAGACCUCCCUCGCCAAUCUUCCCGCGCUUCUCAGCACAGCUGUUAAGGAUAAAAUUGAAGGACUGCAGCUGGGGGAUAUCAAAUCAGAUUCCGGGAGAUAGUAAGGGCAAUGGGUUUGAUUGUAAGCUAGAUAGGUACCUAGGCAAUAUUGUUCUACAGUCUGAAGGCUCCCCGAUUUGGUGUUGUAGCAGCCGCAGAGAGGUUCGUACCGAAUGAUAUAUAGGUAGGUAUCUAUUUAGGUAGAUCGCUAGUUCAUAAAAAGCUUUCGGUUUCAACAAACUAGUAA